AUGAAUUCGGAAUCGACGCUUGCUGAGGUCAUGUCUCUACCAUAUAGCUCCUUCACCACGCUGCAGAAGCGAUACAUCGUCUUCAUUGCGGCUGGAGCGGGCUUCUUUUCCUCGUUAUCGGCGCAGAUUUACUUUCCAGCCCUCAAUACUCUGGCCGAGGACCUGACCGUGUCGAUAUCACUGAUCAACCUAACUGUCACCAGCUACAUGGUAAUUAUAUUCCACACAGCCUCCCUUGCGAUUUUUGUAAGAGGAAACACAUUAACGGGAUGGCCCUCAUUUUCUCAGAUUUUUCAAGGGAUCGCCCCCAUGUUUUUCGGCAGUUUUGCCGAUCAGACUGGCCGUCGUCCCACGUACAUUAUCUGUUUCAUCAUCUAUAUAGCGUCUAAUAUUGGUCUCGCCGUACAGAACAGCUAUGCCGCCCUGGUUGUGCUGCGAUGUAUACAGAGCUCUGGAAUCAGCAGUACUGUUGCCCUUUCCGCGGCCACAGUUGCAGAUAUUAGCACGAAAGAGGAGCGUGGCUCGAUGAUUGGUAUCGUCAUGACUGGCAACUUUAUGGGCCCAGCUAUUGGCCCUGUAAUCGGCGGCCUGCUCGCCCAUUAUCUAGGCUGGAGAUCCAUUUUUUGGUUCCUGACCAUCGCAUCUAGCGUCUUCUUCCUGUCUCUCCUUUUCUUCCUUCCCGAGACAGCACGGGGUAUAGUCAACGAUGGCUCUUCCCCAGCACAGCCAUGGAAUCGGCCCCUUAUUCACUACCUUUCUCGUCAGAACGGGACCAACCUGCCUCUUUCUUCAUCGGAAAGUGACCGACCCUCAAGCAGCGACUCGCCGAGGAUAAAACACAAAGUCCGAUUCCCUAAUCCGCUUAAGCCUCUUAUGGUCGUGUUUGAUCUAAAUUCGAUAAUAAUCUUGCUGGUUACUGGUGUCAUCAUGGGGGGGAAUAUGACGGUUCUCUCGUCUAUCACGGAAUUAUACACCAGGCAGUAUGGCUUGGAUAUGCUUCGCAUUGGUCUUUGCUACAUCCCUAUGGGCACUGGAUCCAUCGUGGCCUCCAUUAUCACGGGCAGAUUCCUAGACUGGAACUACCGCCGCAUAGCCUCUGAGAGAGCCGAUGAGUCGGUCCCGGUGGAAAAGGCCCGUAGCAUGAUCACUAUUUCCCUCGUUAUUUUGGGCAGUGUGACCGUGCUGUCAUUUGGCUGGGUGCUCCAAUACGGUGCAUUUCUCGCGGGGCCUGAGGUACUUCUAUUUUUCAUCGGCAUAGGCCAGACCGGCGGCUUCAUUUCCACUUCUACCUUGCUGGUAGAUCUGCAUACCUCCCAGCCAGCUGCUGCGACAGCGGCGAAUAAUCUGGUGCGGUCCCUUUUCUCGGCUGCUGCGUCGGCCGCUAUCGACCCUAUGUUACGCGCAAUGGAUCGUGGGUGGGCUUUUACUCUUGUGGCAUGCAUUUUACUGAGCACGGUCCCAUUACUUUUACUGCUUUGUGGGGGUUGUCGUCAAAAUCAAGAGCCUGAAGAGAGGUCAGGGGCUUAA